CUUAACCAUGUAUAUCUAAAUUGUGAAUGUAUUUGGUGAAUGAAGUUACGUGACUUAGUGGUUAGGACGUCACACCCACGCUUAUAAGAUCAUAUUUUAGAUUUCCAAACCGGCAGUGACUUGUGUUCGUCAGCAAAACACUUCAUUUCACGUUGCUCCAGUUCACUCAGCCGCACAGCUGUAAAAUGGAAACUUUGUGACAGAUUGGUGCUCCAUUCAGGCGAAAUGUUGGCCAGCCUGCCAAGCUAAAAUAGUGGUAUCAUUUGAAAACUAAAACACAACGAAUCGGAUUGUGAUCAGCGCUGUAUAGCAAUAUCCGAAACUAUAUAUAUAUAUACACGCAUGCUGAAAAAACUUUGAUAAAAAAAUUUUAGAUCAAAGAUGUCACAGAAAAAGGAAUAUGAUCUUGAUGGUCUCUGUAUUGAUUUGAAACAAUUUGGUAAAUUUCAAAUUCUUCAAACAUUUCUAAUAUCGUGGCCUACGGUGGUGGAAAGUUUUUCAUUGCUACAAAUGGUCUUCCUGGGUUAUACUCCAGAUCAUCAGUGCAAGGAUCUCUCAGAGGAACAGCUGUCCAUAUACAACGUGACGUCAUACGAUGACAUCAAUUAUGAGAAGUGUCACAUUAACAUAUUUCGUGGCUUGAAAAAUGUUACGGAUGAACUCUCCUGUAUUAAUGGACACAACUACUCAGCAAAUAAAGAUAUCUCUUUUGUGAUAGAGUGGAACCUGGUUUGUGAUAAAGACGGCUUGGCAGAAUUAACACAAUCUUUAUAUACUAUAGGCCAAGGAGCUGGUGCUUUGAUAUUUACGGCUUUUGCAGAUAAAAUAGGUCGGAAACCAGUUCAUGUCAGCUGUACAUUUUUUCUCAUGCUAUGUGCGUCGGGAAGUGCGCUCUCACCAAACAUAUGGGUCUUCGCAGCGCUUCGAGUUUUAAGUGGUGCCUUUGAACAGGGUUCCGCUAUUCCUGGUUAUGCCAUGAUAUUGGAGAUGUUUUCUACUGACAAACGGACACUGUUUUCAUACAUACUGGGGAUGUGGUGGGGUAUAUGUGUUAUGAUCCUUGCGUUGGUUGCCUAUGUGAUGAAACAUUCGGGAUGGAGAUGGUUGUGUGCCGUUUUGGGGUUUCCAGGAAUCGUAUGUGUAUUUGAAUUUUGGUACUUAAGAGAAAGCAUUCGAUGGUUGUUCACAAAAGGAAAAAUUGAAGAAGCCAAAAGAAUUGUGAAACACGCAGCAAACCUUAACGGAGUCGAUUUCGAUACGACGUGGACAAAAUGUCUGAAAUCUAAUGAAUCUCCCGUUGAACUGCAUCGAUUAGGUGAACAGUCCGAAGAACUGAUUGACAGAAAUGGAACAAAUCUUGAAGACGAAGCCAAAGAGCAAGUUCAUCCUAAAGAAACUGCUUUUGGAUUGUGGACGCUGAUGAAGUACAGUACAACCAGAAAUGUCACCCUAGUUGUCAUGUUCGCAUGGCUCAUUACCAGUUUGACGUAUUUCGGACUCUACUUGACCUCCAGUAGUUUGUCUGGAGACCGUCAUUUGAAUUUCUUCCUCAUAGCAUUCAUGGAAUUUCCCUCCAGUUUAGUCCUCUACAAAUUAUUAAUGCUAUAUGGACGGAAGAAAGCCAUCAUAAUUCUCAUUGCUACCUCAGCUCUGGUAUUAUUAGCCGUGGCAGUUCUAAAGUCAGUCGGUGACGGUGACGCCAUCAACACUUCCACAGUAGUUUUGUCUUUACUUGGAAUGGUCGGUAUCAGUGGUGCCUUUGGUGGUUUAUGGUUAUAUACUCCUGAAAUCUAUCCGACC